AUGAAUUUGAAGAUAAAUUCUUACCUUUUAAAGUAUUUUUAGAAUAUAAAAAAGGUUGGUGAUCUAGUUUAAAAUCGAUUUUUUAUAAGUCAAAAAAUAGGUGAAGGGUCUUUUGGAUCUGUGUUUAAAGUUAAUGAUCAAAAUAAUAAUAAUAUGGCAUUUGCUAUAAAAAUUCAAUCUGAGGAUGAUGAAACAAAUUUAUUAGAAAGAGAAAUAAAGGUUUUAAUUGAAUUAAGGUAAUGAAAUAUAAUAACUGUUUAUAAAGAAAGUAUCAAGGGUUUCCAUAAAUAAAAUUUUAUGGGUAAGAAAGAGGUUAGACUUAUUGUAUUAUGCAGAUGCUAGGAUAAAAUUUAGAAUAAAUAUUUAAGAAACUUGGAAAUGUUAUGAAUUUAGGUAGUGUUUUGAGAUUAGGAAUCUAAGUAAGUAAAAUAUAAGAUAUUAGUGAAUAGAUGAUUGAAAGAAUAGCAAUUAUGCAUUAAAGUCGUUUUUUACAUAGAGAUAUAAAACCAGACAAUUUUGUUAUAGAUGGACCUAACAAUCCUAGAUUAUUAUAUUUAAUAGAUUUUGGGUUGUCUAAAUAUUUUAUAGUAAUUUAUAUGUUUAAAAAUAGAAUAAAAAAGGAGAUCAUAUAGUAUAAGUUAAAAAAGCUGGAUUAAUUGGUACUGCUAGAUAUGCAAGUGUAAAUGCUCAUGAAGAAAUGGAAUAAUCACGUAGAGAUGAUCUGGAAAGCAUUGGAUAUGUUUUAAUCUAUUUAGCUACAGGAGUAUUACCAUGGAUGAAUUUAUAAAUAGAAAAAAAAGAUUUAAAAUAUGCAAAAAUUAAGUAAAUUAAAAAAGAAAUCAAAAUUAAUGAAUUAUGUAAAUCAUUACCUAAGGUUAAAUAAUUUUAAUUAUUUAUAGUGUUUUGAAUAAUUUAUGAAUGAUGUAAAAUCUUUAGAGUUUAAAGAGACUCCUAAUUAUGAGAAAUUGAAAUCUUAUUUUGAGAAUCAGAUUGAAAUUGAUAAUAAAUUAUAUUCAAAUAAUUAAUAACCAUUUGUUUAUGAUUGGGAACGUUUGUCUGAUUUUGCAAAAUAAAAAAAACACCAAACAAUUCAUGUUAUGGAAGUAAAAUAUUUUAUUAUUAUUUAGAAUUAAUUGAAAAAUUAACAUAUUUAAAUUGUAAUUAAUCCACAUAAAUAAAAUUAAGUGGCAAAAUAAGAAUUAUUUUUAAAUUAAUAAAUUAUAAACUCAUAAUAAAAUUCAAUCUAAAAUGAAUAAAAUAAAAUUGAUUAAAUUAUUAAUGAAUAGAAAUAAGAAUAAUUAUAAAUUAUAAACACUACUAGUAAUUAAUUUAAGACUCAUCCUUUCGUUAUAAAUGUUAUUGAAAAUUAAAAAGAUCAAUUAUAACCUAUAAAAUUAGAUGAAAGUAGAAUUACAAGAUUAUAAAAUCAUUCUACUACACUUUUAUAAAAUCCUCAUUUUAAUUCAUCUUUUUAAUUUGAUUCAUUUAUUUAACCUUCUAUAGCAACAUCUAGAAUGAAUAAUUAUAUAGAAAGUGAAAGUGUUGUUAGUGAAGGCAACGUCUUACCUAUUUGGGAUAUAAAAGGAUCUUAAUAAGAUUUUUAAUAAGGAACUAGAAUUUUGGAAGGAAUCAGAAAGCCUAGUUAAAUUAUUUUAAGAAAAGAAAGAAAGAUUCAUUCAUGUAUUAAUUUAUAUGAAUAUAGAAAUUGAUACUGUAAAAUAAAUGCAAAAUCUAUUUGUUCAUCCUAAUUAAAUAAUUGGUGACAACGAAACAUAUGUAGAAGGAUUAGAAUGA